AUGUUCACGGGUACGGACAUGCGUUUUCGUCGAAUCACAUCUCGCGACAUGACGGACAUCACCACGAAGUGCAUCACGAUCAUGGCCAUGGCCACGAUUAUUACACCCCCCCGUCGUGCUGCCACCUUGUUGUGGUGGAGGGGCUUGCGUGUCCUAAUGACCUCCAAGGCUAUGCCGGAUAGGGUCUCCCAUACCGGACAGGCUCGGAGCGAGGGACCAGACGAAGAGCAGCACAAGGAGGGGCUCUCCGUG